AUGGCAGACAUAGGAGAUGGACCAUAUUCGGGGGAAGAUCUGACAGAUGCAAAAUCUAUUCCUGGUUUCAAAGGAAAGAACCUACCUGCUAGCAAGUCUAUGGACUCUGGAAUUCUGCCAGAUUACAGUUACAGAAUGGAUUAUCCAGAGAUGGGGGAAUGUGUAAUAAUAAACAAUAAGAAUUUCCACAGAAAGACCGGGAUGUUACCCCGUUCGGGUACGGAUGCGGAUGCUGCAAGUGUCAGAGAAGUUUUUAUGAUGUUGGGAUAUAAAAUAAAGAUCAACAAUGAUCUUUCAUGUGGGGACAUUUUUAAACUAUUGAAAAAUGUUUCUGAAGAAGAUCACAGCAAGCGAAGCAGUUUUGUUUGCGUGUUGCUAAGCCAUGGUGACGAAGGAUUCAUCUAUGGUACAGAUGGCCCUCUUGAACUGAAAGUGCUAACAAGUCUCUUCAGAGGUGACAGGUGCAGAAGUUUAGCAGGAAAACCCAAGCUCUUUUUCAUUCAGGCUUGUAGAGGGACAGAAUUAGAUUCUGGUAUUGAGGCAGACAGUGGAUCAGAAGAAACAGUUUGUCAAAAAAUACCUGUAGAAGCAGACUUCCUGUAUGCAUAUUCUACAGCUCCAGGCUAUUACUCCUGGAGGAAUUCAGCUGAAGGCUCCUGGUUUAUUCAGUCACUGUGUAAAAUGCUAAAGGAACAUGGAAGGAAACUUGAACUCAUGCAGAUUUUAACUCGUGUAAAUCGCAGAGUGGCAGAGUAUGAGUCCUGCUCGACUCGGCAGGAUUUCAAUGCAAAGAAACAGAUUCCAUGCAUUGUCUCUAUGCUCACCAAAGAAUUUUACUUCCCUUGCUAAAAGAAUUUCACCUUGUAAUUUUUCAGUUCAUGUUUUUAUCUGUAAUUUAUAUGCAAUGUUAGUAUGGAAUACCACUUUUAAAUCUGAAUUGCUGUUCACUAC